AUGCUUGCAAACCAGUACUUCCUCUUCAUCAUCUCCGUCGUCACAUCCACAUCGGCCAACUGCGAGACCUCGGAUGCUAGUCCGCUGGUCUCAGACUGCCAGAUUGCCAUCCAAAACCUGGGUGCCGACAACCAGUGCUUGAAUACCAAUGGAUUCGGGUCGGAGUGUACUACCGUGACUACUCAUGGAACCUGUAAGAUCGAUGCCUGUUCCAUCGGCAACACCUUUGGGCUCCAGAAGGGUGUGGACUGCGGGGGCUACCUACAAACUAUCCUCAAUCAAUGUAACUCCAAUGGGAGAGUUGGAGGCACGCUGUUCCCUAUGUUAUGCAACCAGGCCCAGGGCUUCGACGUUAGCUACAAAGUCCAGUUCUCCCAUGCUUGA